AUGGCGGCCCACGAAGCCUGUUCUCUAAUGGGCCCCUCUAUCGUACCAAACACGAAGGGCAGAGAAACCACGAGUUCUAGCAUUUCUACUGUAUCGCGAUAUCCUGGCCUUUCCGGGAACUACAGGGGCGGGCGUACUGCUGGUGCCGCCUGUUACUCAUGCUCCAGGGGUGGCAGCAUCAGAGUUGCUACUAAGCGCCUAAAAGCACACCAACAGUAUAAUGCCGUUAUUACUGGCCAAUCAAAGUCCCUUGUAUACUAUCAGCUUUAUAUAAGAUCCUUCUGUGGUCGGUUGGCGUCCUCCCAUCCAAACGUACACGUUCUUUGCAAACCGGUAGGCGUAGCGGUUGGACGUGUGAUUAUCCGGAACACUCAGGCAGUUUGCCGUUACUUGAGGCGUACCAAAGAGCACAUCUUCAUCUGGGCUUGGUGGGCUGGCUUUCCCGGCAGCACACCAUUUUGCCUUCGUCUUCAAAGCCACCAGUCGUCGGCGAACUCUUUACCGUCUCCAGUCUAUCUAAGUCGGUCCUAUAGUUCUAUUGACCUGUUUUCGCCCAGCUUACUAGUAGAUCAUUCAGUAAGUAUUGCCAGGGGUGUACGUAGUCGAUCGAUUCCAUGGUGUAUCGGUCACAAUCAGGGCGCCUAUGGAUGCGUCCAGGAUUAA